CUGCGCAGACUCAGCUUUUCCACUCCCAGAGGAAGUCGUGAGUGCUGGAGUCUAUGGUCACCAUGGUGACGGGACCAACUUCCGCCCCACUCACCUGCCCUGAUCCCCGCGAGGCGCACCAUGGCAACCGGACCUCUGCGUCGCGGAAUCUGGUCCCUCAGGUCGCUGUGGUUGGGGAACCGCGGCGGGCGCCGCCCCCAACCCGAGGGGACUCGAAAAUGUACAGCCAGCGAUUUGGCAUCGUACAGCGGGAGGUUAAGGGCCCCACUCCCAAAGUGGUGAUCGUGAGAGCCAAGCCUCCCAAAGGCCAAGGGGCUGAACAUCAUCUGGAAAGAAUCCGACGCAGCCAUCAGAAGCAUCAUGCUAUUUUGGCUUCCAUUAAGUCAAACGAGCGGGAUCGCUUGAAAGUUGAGUGGGACCAGCACAAUGACCGCAAGUUUGUGGACAGUCUUGUGAAAGCAAGAGUCAAGGAUGCCAUGCAAGGGUUUAUCAUCAAUACUGAAGAAAGACGAAAUAAGUUACGUGAACUUUUAGCAUCAGAAGAAAAUGAAUAUUUUAUUGAAAUGCAAUUGAAAGAAGAAACAAUUGAGGAGAAAAAAGAUAGAAUGAGAGAAAAAAUCAGAUUAUUAAGAGAGAAGAAAGAAAAAGAGAGACAGGAUUUUGUGGCUGAAAAGCUAGACCAGCAAUUCAGGGAACGGUGUGAGGAGCUCCGUGUUGAGUUGUCCUGUAUCCAUCAGAAGGCAGUGAGCAAGGAUCGGAAAGCACAGAUAGCAUUUAAUGAGGAGCUGAAAAGGCAGAAGCUGGUGGAAGAGCAGAUGUUCUCAAAGCUCUGGGAGGAAGACCGACUGGCCAAAGAGAAGCGAGAAGCCGAAGAGGCGAGGAGACAAAGAGAGCUGGUGGAGAACACACGGCUGGGGCUGAAUGCCCAGAUCACCAGCAUCCAGGCGCAAAGGCAGGCAGCACGGCGGCUGAAGGAGGAGGAGGCGCGCCUUGUGGAAAAUGACAAAGCACAGGUGAAACUUGAGAAUGAACAGGAUAGGCUAAAGAAACAGAAGACAAAACAGGAAAUAAGGGCUGCUUUGCAAAAAGCCCUCCAAGAGAAGAUGGAGCAUAUUCAGCAGGAAUACAGAGAAGAUCAGGACUUGAACAUGAAGCUCAUGCAAAGCGCCCUUCAAAACUUACAGGAAGAGGCUGAUAAAAGGAAGCAAAAAAGAGAAGAUAUGAUAAGAGAACAGAAGAUAUAUCAUCAGUACUUGGCACAGCGGCGUGAGGAAGAAAAAGCUCAGGAGAAAGAACUGGACAGAAUGUUAGAGAAAGAGAAGGAAAAGAAGUUUGCUGAGAAGGACAAGGAGCUGAGACUUGAAAAGGAGGCAAGAAAACAACUUUUGAAUGAGGUCAUGUAUACAAGAAAACUGCAAGUUCAAGAAAAGUUGCAACGCAAAGCAAAAGAACAGGAAGAACGUGCUAUGGAACAGGAACGCAUAAAUGAAGGUCUUAAAGAGCUUAACCGUGAAGAGAGGGAGGAUUUUACAAGACGCUCCAGUUUAGCCCAGGAGUACAGGAAGCAACUUCAGAUGCAAAUGUGCUCCCAACAGCAGGCCCGUGAAGCGGAGAAGGAGGAGGAACGCCGAGAGUUUGAAGCAGGGAUGACAGCAGAGAAGAAUUUCCAGGACAAGAUCCAGGAGAUCCUGUCCACCCAUCAAGUGCUGCCCCAAAGUAUUCAUCCCAUGCGGAGAGCAUCGCCUGAUAAACUUCCACCAUAG